CUCGCAUUUCACUGCACCCGCCCCACGACUGUAAUCACGCUUGCGAGUUUUCGAUAUCGGCUUGGAUUGACUGCGCGACCGCGAUCGAAUCGAAAUGGAGAGUGUGUCGAAGCGCAAGGCCGCCAGCGCCGCGGUGGUGGAAAAUGAGGGUCGCCCUGCAAAGCGCCAGAAAGUGCCGACAGACACCAGCGCGAAUGCAGAGACGGCCGAGACGACGACGGCGCUGGGCAUGAAGUUCCUCGAGAACUUGAAGCAGGCAAAGGACAAGACUGGACGGCCGAUUGCCGGUGCAUUCCUCAGUCUGCCUCCCCAGAGCACACCCGGCUACUAUGAAGCUAUCAAGCUGCCCAUCGCCCUCGACACUAUCGAGGACAAACUCAGUCGAGGCGAAUACACAGCACUCGCGCAGGUCGAGGGUGACUGCAAGCGCAUGGUCAACAACGCAAAGCAAUUCAACGAGAAGCGCACACCCCUCUACGAAGAUGCCGAACGUCUGCGCAAGACGGCGUCCAACUGGAUGGUUAAGCACAACCCCGCCUACCGCGACAACACGUACUCUGCAGUAGCAACACCCAUUCCUGGUGAGGAGAAUGACUCGCCUGCGAAGCCUACACCACGCAUCGUCUCCACUCCCAGAGCUGCACCAACAUCUAGAGCCACGCCAGACACCGUCGAACGACCCCGGCGCGCCGCAGCAACAGCACAACCGGCCACUCCUGCGCCUUCCAAGCUGAGACAGUCGGCUUCGGUGGUACCUGAAAUGAAGGUCGACGAUAACCCAGAGGGCACCAAGCAGGCAUUCCAACAGGCACAAGAACGGAUUCUAAGGGAGAUAGUUGAAUAUACAGAGCCUGGAGUUGAAUUUAGGAUAUUCGAGCCCUUCGUUAACCUCCCACCUCGCGGCAUGAAGGACUACUACCAGCUAAUCAAAGAUCCCAUGUCGCUUUCUGCUGUUCAGAAGAAAGUGCGCGGUGUGGUGGGCCGUGAAGCCCCUACGGGUGUGACCCUGUUGAAGAGUUGGGAUGCGCUCGAAAACGCCAUGAAUCUUAUCUGGAAAAACGCUCGAAUCUACAACGAAGACGGUAGUGCCAUCUACGAGCUGUCCAUGGAACUCGAGGAAUUGUUCAAGAAGAAACUUGCAGAAGCCAAGGCCACCGUCGAGGAGCCACCGCAGCCAAAACUCAAACUGAACAUGUCCGUUGCCGCGCCUACUCCAGCUACAGCCCCCAAGCAGCAAUUGAAGUUGAAGCUACGACAAAGUCCUGGCUCAGAUCCAAAUACUCCAGCUGCACGCAGCUCAGCAACUCCUGGGGUCAUUGUUGAUAACGAUGCCCUUCUAAGGCAACAGAAACAUGUUCUGCAAGGCAUGAAGAACCCACCAACAUCACGUCCACCUUCCGCAGGGAACACUGGGACGCCUGUUCCUUCGUCAAAUCCAUUCACCGGACCAAGAGGGAGUUCUGUCUCGAUUGCCCCGCUUCCUGCUGCUCAGAUGAGAUCUGCAGUAUCCCCAGCAGCGAUCAAUGGUGUCAAGCAAGACAUUCAGUCUCCUGCCCUCGGCGCAAUCAGGCCUGUUAGCACCGCUCCAGAUACUCAGAAUCAACGACUUAGCGUCCCUGUGCAAACACCACAUCCGAACAUGGCUCCGCCGCAGACAAUGUCUCGGCCAGCAAGUGGUAGUCCAUUUCCUAGUGGGCCUGUCGGUCAACAAACUGGCUAUGCCCCUCCAUAUCAACCACUGACUUACUAUGUCCCUCCUCCUCCAGCACCUCGAAUUGACCACAUCCGGAAGACGCCAUUAAAGAGUAUCAACGAAGCUCUGCUCCCGAAAAUCACCUUGAAUACACAUCCCGCGCUUAACCUUGCCAAGCCAUGGUCUGUCGAUGUUCUUGCCAACAAGCAGAAGACCGCAAACAGCGCGACCAUCGUCGUUUCGCCCACGCACUCCUAUCUCCAGAUCGUACCCAAGGUCCCCGUCGCCCUCACAGAUCGUGUGUACCGCCUCUUCGUCACAGUCAACGGCCACAAGACUUUUGAAGUGAACCGCAUUCCCGUUACUGCUGGUAUCAAUGGCGGCAGCCCAGGACCAGGCUACGAAGGUGGCAAGAAGAAGGGCGAGCCGGUCUACGAGGCCAAACUGGUUGGCGGUGUGAAUCGCAUUGAAGUUGAGGUCAUUGCCGAGAAGACAGGGUCUGAGAGCCGCGAACCAAAAGAUAUGGUCGAGAUUGAGAGAUGUACGAUUUUCCUGCAUUUGAUGCGGCAGUCGACGUACUAGGCACAUGCCAUUGAGGAUACAAAAGCAACGGACUCUAAAUCCUCCGGUUCUUUGAAAGGGGUUUCAAGGUGGGCGUUCUGACCAUAUGGCGUUUCGGAGACAAUUGGGACGGGAGAUUGUGGGCGCUACGCAUGGAGUACCUCUUCACAAAGCGGGGAUGGGGUACGGGUUUUGUACUAUGGGCGUUUGGAUGUGCGACUUGUGUUCGUACUUGGAAGGGUGGUGGUGGUGUCUGUCUACUUUACUUGUAUGCCGUAGCUUCUUCUCGAUAUCUGCUAAGCUGUUCAGCAAUAGCAACUGUUUGAGUACUGUAUGCGUCUGGUAUGCGACACAUGUACUACUAGCCGGCAGAAGUGUCUUGCCGAUCAAAUUGAC